AUGAAAAUAUUGCUGUUCAGUUACCUACCUAAUACUUCUGAAAUAUGUCCAGCUAAGAAUAAAAAUAUUUCAAUUCAAUUGAAUAAUCCUGAAACAUCUAUUCUAGAUGGUACUGAUAAUUAUUCCCAUUGUAAUCAAUUAUUAAUACCUAUUGGUGUACCUACUGCAGAUCUAUGCUCCGAAGUAAAAUGUAGACUAGCUGAAUUUGCAGUUAAUUUUAAUAUUCCGCAAAAUGCGAUAAAUGGAUUAUUGCCAAUUUUUAAAAGUAUACCUGGCCUUUCAGAAAUGCCAAUAGAUGCACGAUCAGUAUUAAAAACAUGA